UGAGGCGUCAGGCGGCCCAAGAUGGCGGCGGCCGUAGGGUGGGCGGAGCGGAGAGCCCGUGGCGGAGAGGAGCCCCGGAGAGAGCGGGGGCCAGGCCGGGUUGGCACGGAGAGGAGCGAGAGGCGGAGGAUCGAGCUGCCGGAGGAAGAGAUCCCCCAUGGGGGCCAGGAGGAUGGCUUCACGGCAGAGCAUCUGGCUGCUGAGGCUAUGGCAGCAGACAUGGACCCCUGGCUGGUCUUUGAUGCUCGCAGCACCCCGCCUUGUGAGCUGGACUCCUGGCUGGCCGCCUACCCUCCUUCCCGCGUCUCUCGCUAUGGGGGGCCCAGCGCCCCCAAUCCCAAGCCUGUCGGCUGGAUCGCCGUCUACGGGCCUGAUUUCUCCCCUGGAGCUGGGGAUGUCCAGGGACUCCAGGGGGCUUGGGAAGCCCUGCAGGCCAGCGGGCAGCCCAUCACGCCUGCUAUCCUUCGGGAGCUGGCCCUCACCCACCAGGUCCUGACCGGCAAGUGGCUGAUGCACCUGACCCCUGGCUUCAAGCUGGACCACGCGUGGGCCGGCAUUGCCAGGGCCGUGGUGGAGGGGAAGCUGCAAGUGGCCAAAGUGAGUCCCCGGGCCCAGGAAGAGGAGCGUCAGGUCAUCUGCGUCUACACGGAGGACUUCACAGACCAGGAGGGAGUGCUGAAGGCUGAUGCUGCCAUCCGGGCAGCUGGGGUCAAGUGUCCGCUGACCUACAAGCCGGAUGUCUACACCUACCUAGGAAUCUAUCGAGCUAACCGCUGGCACCUGUGCCCCACCCUCUAUGAGAGCAGCUACCACCUGGAGAGCAACCCCCACUGCUCCCGAGUUCUGGAUCGGCUCAACAACACAGCACUGACAUAGCCGGGGCAGGUGCCCCUGUGCUGGGAGCCGAGACAUCUGGGGUGGGGAGGGCCCAGACAGCCAUUCUGGCUGGCCUUCCAGGGCUCUGGACUUUGGGGACCAGUCUUAAGCCUCAGGAAAGGGGAAGGGGUGCAGAGGAGGCUGAGACGUGACAUCAUUCCCCACCCCCCCUUCCCCGAUAUCGGCCCGUCAGUGGAAGACGAACGGGACCCUCCUCCUGAGAGCUUCUGUUACAGGCCCAGAGCCUCAGCUGGGCCCCCCUCCCCCUGCUUAGAGCUGCUCCUCACCCAUCCCUGGCUGGCACAGCACAGAAGAGCUGAUGGAGUGUUGUGUCCUGGGAGUUGUAGUCCUGACCGUGGACUGGGCCCCUAGGAGGGGCCCUCUAGUGGAGCGAGUGUCUUCUGUGCCCUACUUGGACUACAGCUCCCUAUACCAUCCCUUCCAUUGAUUCAGUAAAGCCCACCUUUGUUUUCACCCCGCCCCACUCCGGUCCUCUGGUUUACAGGUCAGAGGAAGGGUGUUAGGGGCUAGCCAAGACCCAAAACCUGAGUAGCCACAAGCCUGACCAUGGACCAACUCUGCUGGCACCCGUCACCCCCAGGACCAGAUCGAUAACGCUCUGUCUGGCAUGAAAGCCCUUUACAGCCUGCUCUCUUCUUCCCUUGCCAGUCUUCUGACACUUUACUCCUUCCCUCAAACCCCAUAAUCCAGGUACGAUGGCCUGGCUGUUCUUGCACAGGUGAAACCAUCUCCCGACGCCAGGCCUUUGCACCGGCUGUGCCCCAUACCUGGAGCGCUCUUUCUUUUCACCUUUGCCUCCUGCCUUCCCUGGCACCUUCACUGCCUUCCUUUCCUUUACACUGUAUAUACCUUGUGUCUAUGUAGUUAUUAACAUGUUGUCUCUUCCGUUAGAAUGUGAGCCCCUUGAGGGAAGGGACCCUGUUUUUUGCUUUUCUUUGUAUCCACAGCACUUAGCACAGUACCUGGUGCCUAGAAAGCCCUGAAUAAAUGCGUGUUGACUGAC